AUGGCAUUCAUGAUAUAUCUGUUAAAGGCAGAGCCAUUGCCCAAUGGUGCGUUUGAAGCCAUGAUACUGGAUUGUGUCAGCCCUAAGCCAGCAGAGUCGAUGGUACAUCCGUCACUGCCGGGACACUACUUCCUCUAUGGUUGCCACCCAUGCACGACAUUCAGCUUCACAUCAAACGACAAGGGAGCUCCCCUCAAACAAUAUGCCAACUACACAGUGACAGAGGUGUCUCGCGAGGACUUUAUCAACGAGAUCACGACCAAUGCCACGAUUAAAGCCCUCAUCGACAUGACACCUCACGAGAUGAACGAGAGAGAGAAACAAGACAAGAUAUGCGAUCCCACAAACUGCAUCUAUACAUUCAUGCCGAGGCCGUUCAGGGUACGCAGGUUGCCGACUUGGGCUGGUACUGAUAUUCGGGGUCACCAAAUCAUUGCAAUACCCGUCAAUCAACCAAUGUUUGUCAAGGCAGACGAGACUGAGUACCAGCCACAUGGAUUCGAGCUCGACUAUGACCUGCUUCAAAACGUGCAUCCCGAACUGCCCUUGCGAGAUAAGACCACUGGAAGGCUGUUGGUGCCCGAGGGUCAUAUCCUCUUCUUCAAUUUGCUGAAUGACGAAGAUGAGACCAGGGAAUACUUUGACUCUCAAAAAGCGGCCAGGUUCAACGAUGACACCGACAUCAGUGCGCAAGUGGAGGACCUUGGAUCAGACAUUAUCCGUACAAGCAGAUACAGGAACCCAGCUACAUAUUGUUCUGGGGUAUCCUCCAGCCCCACUUAUCUCUCAUACAGCAGUGCAUUCUCAACUGUCCAAGGAAGUUUGAUUGAUUACCCAUUCAAAUUCACCAAUCCAGAUACAGUCAAGAUUAGGUACGAAUUCCUCAUUAUGUUCGAAAAGUUACCGCCAUCCAAACAGGCUCUCCUACUCAUCAUCAGUUAUCAUCAUGAUUAUGUUAAACACAGACCAUUGAUGUUGUCAUUCUAUCGAUAUAUUAUGUUGUACUUCACGAUCCCCGACGAGACACUGUUCCACGUACUCAAGUUUAUGUGCUUUGCGACACUCAAUGGCUGUCCUGAAUACACGGUCAUCAAUAACAUACUCACAAUGCGACCUCAUUUGAGAACGAUGAAACGCCCAGUCCGACUGCCACCUUUGGUCGACUCCAUUGCGAACAACGAAGCCAUUAAUAAUGAGUACCCGAAGUAUGAAUUGGACGCACAUGGACCAGUACUGCCUUUGACACUUGACACGAUUGUGGUCCUCGCCAACAACUUCGAACUCCAAAUCUCAUGCUUUAAUUACGGGGUCGACCAAGGACUGGAAUUCCCAACACCACUGGACACCAUGCUGCGGUACUCCAAAUCAUACAGAUGCAUUUGCGCGAUUUUGGAAGAGCAUCCAGACUACCUUCAACUCAACCCAGCGGCCAGGCCCCUCUGGUCACUGGCGCACAACAACUUGGUCAAUAAGGAUGAUUGGAUCGAUUCAGAUCUUUGGCUAGAUUUUGAACAACCUCUGUUGCUGAAGUUGUCGUCACUACCAGGGUUCAACACAGGCAUCCCACAUAUGCCUACCAUCGAGGACCUCUGCAUCAUCCAUGAGCGGUACUCCCUGCUGACAUGGUGUAACAAGACCGCAGACAUCACGAUCCAGAGGCGUGAGCCACACUGUGCUGGGUUUCCAGAGUGUUGCAGUGCAAUGGAGUUGAUCAUUGGCACCGAAGGAAUACUCGAUCGCCAGACGGUUAGAGAUUACCAAUUGCACAAUCCACACGCCCAACAUGUGUGCGACGCGUCACUCGUCAAGAUCAUCACAUUCUAUCCACAUAAAUGUUACCUAAUGAGUGAGAUGAGGUUCAAGAACUCGUCAUGGCCGAUCUACAUACAUGGCACCAUGUUACCAUUUGUCGCGCUGAUGUUCAACUCACACUUGGAAGAUUUGGCAUCGAUGCUUAAGGUGCCAGGACUGCCACCUGUCGACAAGAUGGUCAUCGAUAUGAAACUGUGGUAUGAUUGGUGCUCCAAGAUAUACGAGUUGGAGAAGCCAGUUUUUGAUCGUGGUUCACUAUUGGACGUGUACUUGUGGAUUGGAAGAGUGGACUUGAUCAAACAUCUACUCACAACCUAUGGCACUGAUUGGAUCACCAAACAAACUGAGACAAUCAUUGGGCGACGUAAUGCGGCUAUCAGAUCAUUGGUGGCAGACCUUAGGAAGUUCAUGGGACGUGGUGGAAAGUCAUCAUCCAAAUCAAAGAAGAUGAAGAAGAAGCCUGUGAAGAAAAAACAGACACAAGAUACCAUUGAACAGGCACCAUCACCUUUACCAAAUCCUGACAAAGUGGCCGACACUCAAACAUUGGACAUCAGCAAUGUGAUUGAGUCCAUAACACCUGUUCAGCAGGAAAUGUCACUGGAGCAGUAUGAGAGGACAGUGGGCAAGUUCAAAUACAGCAGGAAGAUGAUCAUUGGACGUGGAAGCAAUGGCACUCUGGUGUACAAAGGUGUGUGGUGUGACAAGGUGCCUGUGGCAAUCAAGCAGAUGAACAAAGGAUUCAACACACUCAUCGAUAAAGAGGUGGAGAUACUCAUUCAGCUGACGUCAAUGUCCAGUGCAACAGACAACUUGGUGAGAUUCUUUGGAAUGGAAGAGACCGAGGACUACAUAUUCUUGGCCACAUCACUGUGUGAGAUGUCACUUCAAGAGUUGGUCGAGGCUCACAAAGAUCGUUAUCAAUCAUUGAACAAACAGACAUUGAUCAAAGACAUUGUGAACGGUGUUCGAUUCCUUCACAACAACAACAUCAUCCACAACGAUCUCAAUCCUCGCAACAUCCUGUUCAAAGACAACCACCUGUUCAUCACUGACAUGGGACUGAGCAAGAUGUCCGUUGAGACAUCAUUCGCAUUCACUCAUGCUCCAAGUGGUCAAGGUGGUUACUUCCCAGCAGAGGUCAUCAACAAUCAGCGCAAGACCAACUCUGUCGAUAUCUUCUCACUUGGAUGUUUGAUGUAUUACAUCCUCACUGAUGGUGGUCAUCCAUUCGGUGACAUCAUACAUCGACGUGUGACCAAGAUAGUUGACAAUCAAUAUGAUCUCGAUCAUCUCACCGAUGUUUAUGCAGCUGAUCUAAUCACACAGAUGAUAUCACAUGAUCCAUCAACACGACCAACAAUCAGCACAUUGAUCAAUCAUCCAUUCUUCUGGGACAUCAACAAGCGACAAUCAUUCAUCAUCCGAGUUUCACAGAGCAUUCAGAACCAGCCACAUACAUUUCUCAACACGACAACAGACAAACAGAGAUUCCUUCGUCAAUCAUGGAACAUGUCAAUCGAUUCCAAACUCUUGGAUCAACUCAAUCAAGAGACACAAUACAACUUCAACAAUGUGAAGGACCUUGUUCGAUGCAUCAGGAACACAACACUCCACCAUCAUCAACUUUUCACAGACAGCAGCAAGACAUCGACAUUCUUCACAUCACAACAAUCAGCAUUCCAAUACUUUGAACAACGACAUCCAUCACUUGUACUUCACCUCUACCAAAGACUGCGGACAAGUACCACCGAUGUCCAAUCAGAUAACCUCAAGGAGUUCUUUGUAUAA